AUGGCACCGAAAUUGAAGAAAAAAGGGCAUUCAGGACGAGAGCAGAAAAAGCAGCUGCAAAAAGUGCAGCCGCAGACUCCUCUUCUCCCUUCAGUGAAGGUCCAGUCGCAACCGCAGCCGCCCCUGCAGCCGCCGGCUCACCCCGCGGUGCAGCAGCUGCAGCACCAGCCGCCGCCGCGGCCCAUGCACAUGCAACCCAUGCCCUUCCCAUCCCACAUCCCCCAACCCCAACCUCCGCCGCAGCAACAUCCGCCCCCGCAACCGCCCCCACCGCCCCCACCGCCGCAGCCGGCCAAACCGCAGCAGGUCAUCCAGCAUCACCCAUCGCCGCGGCACCAUAAGCCUGAUCCCUACUCGACCGGUCACUUGAGGGAAGCCCCUUCCCCUCUCAUGAUGCAUUCCCCACAGAUGCCGCAGUUCCAGGGUUUGGUCCACCAGUCGCCACCUCAACAAACUAUCCAGCCAAAAAAACAGGAGAUGAGAGCCGCCUCCGUCGUCCAAUCUCAACCCAUGGUGGUGAAGGAGGAGAAGAUGCAUUCGCCCGUCAUCCGUAACGAGACCUUCAGUCCCCCGUUGCGGCAAGAUCCACCGAAACACCCGGAGAGCAUCAAACCGCCCGCGCACAUCCCGCAACGGACGGAGAUGAAACCCAUGGAGGGGGGACGACCUGUCAUUAGACCCCCGGAGCAAAACCCCCCACCACCAGGAGUGCAGGAGAAAGAUCGGCAGAAACAGGAGCCGAAAACACCCGUCGCCCCCAAAAAGGACCUGAAAAUCAAGAACAUGGGUUCCUGGGCAAGCUUGGUCCAGAAACACCCCACCACUCCGUCCUCCACAGCAAAGUCCUCCAGCGACAGCUUCGAGCAGUUCAAGAGGGCGGCGCGGGAGAAGGAGGAGCGGGAGAAGGCACUGAAGGCUCAGGCGGAGCAGGUGGAAAGGGAGAAGGAGCGGCUGCGGCGGGAGCAGGAGAGGAUGAGGAGCCGGGAGGACGAGGACGCCAUGGAGCAGGCACGCCGGGUGCAUGAGGAGGUGCGGCGACGCCAGGAGCAGCAGCAGCAGCAGCAGCAGCAGCAGCAGCAGCAGCAGCAGCAGCAACAGCAACAGCAACAGCAAGUGUCGGCGGCGGCAGCGCCCCAAGCCCAGAGCUCGCAGCCCCAAUCCUCCCAAUCCAUGUUGGAUCAGCAGCGGGAGAUGGCCAGGAAGCGGGAACAGGAACGGAGGCGCCGGGAAGCGAUGGCCGCGACGAUCGACAUGAAUUUCCAGAGCGAUUUACUGGCAAUAUUCGAAGAAAACCUUUUCUAACGGCGCCCGGAGGUUUUGGAUUCUUUUCCUCCCAAUUUGACUCUUUCAGAAAAACAAAAAACAACAAAAAAAAAAAAACACAAA